AUGUCGUCUGUACUGAACAAUUCGCGUUCUGACACGCUUUUUCUGGGCGGUGAGAAGAUUAGUGGCGAUGACAUCAGACACCAGAAUGUGCUAGCGGCUUUGGCUGCGGCUAACGUGGUGAAGUCGUCUUUGGGGCCCGUGGGGCUGGACAAGAUGCUGGUCGAUGACAUUGGUGAUUUCACAGUUACUAAUGAUGGUGCUACAAUCCUGUCACUGCUAGACGUCCAACAUCCCGCUGGUAAGAUCCUAGUGGAGUUGGCUCAACAGCAGGACCGCGAGAUUGGCGACGGAACUACAAGUGUGGUUAUUAUCGCAUCGGAACUGCUCAAGAGGGCUAAUUCUCUUGUUAAGAACAAGAUCCACCCAACUACAAUAAUCACUGGUUUUCGUGUUGCUUUGAGAGAGGCGAUCCGUUACAUUAAUGAGGUUCUUUCCAUACCCGUGGAGUCGCUGGGUAAAGAGUCCAUGGUUAACAUUGCCAAGACAAGUAUGUCAUCCAAGAUCAUUGGCUCGGACUCUGACUUUUUUAGCAACAUGGUGGUCGAUGCUCUGCUUGCCGUCAAGACACAAAACUCUAAGGGAGAAAUCAAGUACCCUGUGAAGGCGGUUAACAUCCUAAAGGCGCACGGUAAGUCUGCCCGCGAGUCCGUGUUGGUCCAGGGAUAUGCAUUGAACUGCACUGUUGCGUCACAAGCGAUGCCUAAGCGCCUCGAUGGUGGCAACAUCAAGAUCGCGUGCCUCGACAUAAAUUUACAGAAAGCGAGAAUGGCCAUGGGUGUCCAGAUAAACAUAAAUGACCCUGAACAGCUUGAGGAGAUCCGCAAACGUGAGGCGGGUAUUGUGUUGGAGAGAGUUCAAAAGAUCAUAGCGGCCGGCGCCAAUGUCGUGCUGACCACCAAGGGCAUUGAUGAUCUGUGCUUGAAGGAGUUUGUGGAGGCCAAGGUUAUGGCUGUGAGGCGCUGCAAGAAAGAAGAUCUUCGUAGAAUCGCUCGUGCCACUGGUGCUACCCUAAUCAGCUCAAUGUCUAACCUGGAAGGUGACGAGACCUUUGAACCUAGCUCGCUCGGUACCUGCCAGGAGGUCGUUCAAGCCAAGUUCUCAGACGACGAGUGCAUACUGAUCAAGGGCACCUCCAAACACUCCUCCUCGUCCAUCGUGCUGCGUGGUGCCAACGACUACUCUCUGGAUGAAAUGGAGCGUUCUAUACACGAUUCUCUGUCGGUUGUCAAGCGUACAUUGGAGAGUGGCAACGUUGUACCAGGUGGUGGCUGCGUAGAGGCCGCACUGAACAUAUACCUCGACAACUUCGCUACCACCGUGGGCUCGCGUGAACAGCUGGCCAUCGCGGAAUUCGCAGCAUCGUUGUUAGUGAUCCCAAAGACGCUUGCUGUUAACGCCGCAAAGGACUCGAGUGAUCUCAUCGCCAAGCUGCGUUCGUACCAUGCAGCCAGCCAACAAGCCCAACUAGAUGACACCAAGCGCAGAAAUUACCGCAACUACGGUCUCGACCUGAUCAAGGGCAAAGUCGUCGACGAAGUGCACAGCGGUGUUCUCGAGCCCACCAUCAGUAAGGUCAAGUCCCUAAAAUCAGCGCUCGAGGCCUGCGUCGCCAUUCUGAGAAUUGACACUAUGAUCACUGUCGACCCAGAGCCCCCCAAAGAAGACCCUCAUGCUCACUAG